AUGGCUUCAAAAAGCCCCCUCGCGCCAGCCAAAAUCUCCCGUGCCACCAUCUCAUUUCUCCUAUCUCUCUAUCCCCACACCAUCAGAGAAUUCUACAGGGCUAAACUGAUAGCCAAGUCUACACCGAAAGCGGGCGCGAAAAAUUCUUCGAAACGGUCUACGACGAAAAGAAAGACCGAAGAAACUAUAGAAAUGGAAGUCGAAGCCUUUUUGGAAUUAGGUAAAUUGCGCUAUGAGAUUAUACCUGCUGCUCUGAAAAAUAGAGCUGGAAUUGGCUCUGCUACAGACACCAGUAAAAAGAACGAAGGAAAGGGGGAAGAAGAAGAUGUGAAAAGACCAAGGAAAAAGAUAAAGGUAUCAAAGGAUGAUGAUGGCUCACCCGCUCCGGGUCCCUUUCUAGAGAAGGAUGAGAUAGUCAAUCUUAUGGACUGGAAACUCAAGCAUGGCUCCCACCGACCAGCCCUGAUGGGUAUGAUACGAUCAAAUCCAGAAUCCCUCGUGAGGUCCACUACCAGGAUGGCCUUCUCGCAACUGCGGAGUGUCCUAUCCAAUACAGGCGGCGAAAAUUUCCCCGCCGCGCCACUCGAGACGCUAACAGGUCCCCUCAGGGGCGUGGGGCCGGCAACUGCAUCCCUUUUCUUGUCUAGUGCACCCUGUCAAACGUCUUCAGAUGAUCCAUCUAGCAUGGAUAUAAAUGCGCCCCCGUUUUUCAGUGACGAGCUUUUCAAUUGGCUUUGCCUGGAUAAAUAUGCGCAUGACUUCCCCAACAGCAGCAACAGUGGGAGAGAUGGUGGUGGUCCGAGACCCAAGGGGAAGUCACCAGCGAUGACGGAGGCUAAAAUCAAAUAUAACAUGAAAGAAUAUCGAGAGUUGUGGGAAGCUGUGAGGAAGCUUAGGGAGAGGGUCAAUCAGAUUCAUAACGAAAAGGGGGGCGUAGGAGACGGCCGUGGUAAAUUGGGGAGCAAGAACGAAAACAUCUCCGUGCUGGAUAUUGAGAGAGUGGCGUUCGUUAUUGGCCAUCUUGACGUGUCGGGGUAUGAGGAAGCGAUGAAGGAAGCAUCUAUAAUGGCAACCUAG